UUUCUCCUUACCCACUUCCAUUUCCGUAUUUCUACUUUCCCCAAUCCUCACUUUCCUCUCCCAAACAACUUGUAAUCCUCAAAAACGCGUCCAAAUGAAUCGCCACAUGGCUAUCUCCACUCUUCUCGUCGUCUUCCUUCUCUCGCCGGCCUUCUCUUUCGCCACCGCUCGGAACAGCGGCGGCGGCUUCGAUGGGAUGUUCGAACCUGGUAACGGAUUUGACGACAUACCCGGCUUUGGAAAGGGCUGGGAUAAGGGCAUCAUCGGUGGAGGAUAUGGCGGUGGCUACGGCGGCCCCAAAGGUGGCUACGGGAAGGGCGGCAUCAUAAGGAACACUGUCGUGUGUAAAGAGAAAGGUCCUUGUUACAAUAAGAAGGUGACUUGUCCGGCUAAGUGUUUCUCCUCCUACAGCCGAUCGGGGAAGGGCUUCGGCGGCGGAGGCGGAGGCGGUGGCUGCACCAUCGACUGCACUAAGAAAUGUAUCGGCUAUUGUUAGAGAGGGCUCUGAGUGUUUUUCUUUGACACGGCCGCUGGGUAGCCGGAAAAAAUAUCUAUAACUAGUAAGCUUGUUUUAAUGGGAAGAAAAAAGGCUAUGUAAUGCAGUUUUACCAGACUGAAAUCAUAUAGUAUUAUAAAUAUUAUCAUAAUUAUUAUGGUUUUUCUUGAA